GUCCUUCCGCUAACUCAAUUUUCCAGACAUCCCCCGCUUUUUCUCUUUAAUUAUCGGCUAAGUUUCCCGAUGAAAACCUUUAAAGGUUGAAAUGGGAUACCGCUGAUAUUGCACCUGUCCCGGAUUAGAUAUUCGGACUGUCGGAGGCACAAAACACACGAACUGAGACAGAUUUGACAAUAAUAAUAUGAUUUUGUGCAGCUCCACAUAAUUCGAGAGACAGCUAGCGAGCUCUGGCAGCAGCUGUUGUGCCAAGGAGGGUUUUGUUAAUUUAUUAGCAACACCUUCAGCCACUACAAAACACAAAGUUAACGUGAACGCGAGCACUGUUUGCGGGCUCGUGUCAGCGGCUAUAGUGGAGCGGGACGUCGGCGUUAGGGGCGCGGGGAGCGGAGCGGUGUCGGUCACUAUACCCGGGCUGGUAGACGACAGUAUGGCCGCGGGGAAAGGUGCAGGAAAAGCGGCCCCGCUGUGGGACAAUACGCGGAUACGGUUCAUUGUUUGCUUCGUUGGAGUCUUCGUGUGCUACUUCUAUUACGGAAUAUUACAAGAGACAAUUACUCGAGGUGAUUAUGGUCAAGGGGACAAGAAGGAGAAGUUCAGAUUUGCCCGGACAUUAGUCCUCAUCCAGUGCAUCAUCAGUGCUUUGUUUGCGAAGAUCUUAAUCACGUUCUUUGAGGGCUCUAAGCAGGAUCAUACCAAGAGCUGGCUCUAUGGGCUGUGUUCCCUUUCUUAUCUUGGAGCCAUGGUGUCCAGUAAUUCUGCCCUUCAGUAUGUCAACUAUCCCACACAGGUCCUGGGGAAAUCUUGCAAGCCGAUACCAGUGAUGAUUCUUGGGGUUACAAUAUUGAGGAAGAAGUACCCUUUUGCUAAGUACCUGUGUGUGCUGCUGAUCGUGAGUGGCGUGGCUCUGUUUCUCUACAAACCCAACAAGAGCUCACAUGUCGCAGAUGACCAUGUUUUUGGGUUUGGAGAAAUUCUACUGCUGGUCUCUCUGACGUUGGACGGUUUGACUGGAGUGGCUCAGGACCACAUGAGGGCCCGCUUUCAGACAGGCGCAAAUCACAUGAUGCUGAACAUCAACAUGUGGUCCACUCUGGUGCUUGGACUAGCUGUGUUGUGGACUGGAGAGGUGUGGGAGUUCCUGAGUUUCACUGAGCGCCACCCAAGCAUCUUCUAUAAUAUUCUUCUCUUUGGACUGACCAGUGCUUUAGGCCAGACCUUCAUUUUUAUGACGGUGGUGUACUUUGGGCCCCUGACCUGCUCCAUCAUCACCACCACGAGGAAGUUCUUCACCAUCCUUGGAUCAGUUAUUCUGUUUGGCAAUGUCAUGACUGCGUUGCAAUGGGUUGGCACCGUCCUAGUGUUUCUCGGUCUCGGUUUGGAUGCUAAAUUUGGCAAAGCCCCUAAGAAAACAACACACUAAAACACCUGGAAGAUUUGCAGAACAAAUGCAAAACCUCUAUAGCCAGUUUCUUAUUUUCAUAAGACAUCCUGUAAAGGCAUACUAUAUGUGCCUAUGAUUUAAGUACAGUCAGAUUUCUUAACUGUAUUUAAGAGAGAGUUGUUGUAGUUUUGAACUGCAGCUUUUGUUAUGUACUGUUGAAAAACUGUAACAAUGUUUUACAUGGGAUUAGGUCCUGAAUGACCUGUAAGGAUCAAUGAACAUCCAACCACAAACUACCUUGUGGAAUUUGGACUGACUGAAGUUCACAGGAGGAAAAUACUGUACUUGGACAAAUCCCCAGCUCACCUCAGUUUUUAGAUCGAAGUAGAAACUCUAAACAAGGCCUACAACAUUUCUACCAUUUAACUGAACAACCUACCACCAAAUAAGGAGUGGUGUGCAAAAAUAUUGAUUGAAUGUGUAACAUUAUUGCAUAUGUAAUUUGUUUCUUGGCAAAACUAGCCAAGUGUCAUGCCAUUUAUAAAAUAUAAAGAGCUGUAUGUAGGCUGUGGUGUUACGCACAAUCUUACUAUUGAGUUGUUUUUACUUUUUUUUGUACAAGUUGAAAACAACUUGCCAUAAAGGGAACUUGUGAUA